AUGGACCUUCCAGACUUUUCCGAUCAGCUGGAGAAAAGUGAGACAUCCGAACAAUUCGUGGACUGGUUGAACGAGGCUUUUGGUUUUGAGCCCAAAACUACAGACAAUCCACCCUCGGCCAACCCCUCAACCCCUACGAAAGGUCUUGCAGUAACUACAGUCAGCCCUCCGUCAAACCAAGUCAAUCACCAAUCAAGACGUUUGGAAGAGUCCAACUCGGCAAGACGUAAGGACCAUGUAGGCAGCGAACAAAUUAAAGUAUCAAUCGAGUAUCGAUUCUACGUACUGGACACGAGACCAAAGCCGACUCCCAAUACCCGUGUAUCAAACAAACGAAAGGCACCACCCAUUGAACCCGAGGAUAAAUACAUCAAAAUUACGUCGGACCUCGGUAAAGUCCAUAUCUAUUGGGAAUCUUCCAACACCUGCCUCAGCGAUUUCAAAUUGGCUGUAAUCGACACCAUUGCGGAAAAGGAAGGAAAGCGUCUGGGGGGACAUGUACGAUCGCAAGAGGAAGAAGGUGAUAUCUUGUGGUAUGCAAUAAUACCACAUGGUCACAUGUUUGUUGAGAAGAAUAAGACAACCUUGGAGGAUGAUGAUAUCUUUGAGGAAUUUCUGGCUCAAGCGAAGGGGACUCGGGACGGUCGAAAGAACACAGUGAACUUGUUGCAACGGGACCCAAAAGUUGUUGCUCAGGUAUCUACUUUAACCUUCCUUGCAUUAGAAACUGGCCCCCUUGCAUUAGAAACUGACCCAGAUAAAAAGCAGGCAUUGGAAAAUUUAGAGAAACAGGAUGGUGGGAAUGAGGAAAGGACUGAAUUGAACGAUCACGAGCCAACAGCUGGGGCGUCAAACUCACGAGAGAUAAUGAACAACAUCUGGAUGCUACGAGCAACUCACAUGCCUUGUGAACGAUUGACUGGUUCAAGCGAGCUUCCCGUUAUGAUCUGCCCAUCGGAUUCUAAUCGGUUCAUUGCUCUCACAACGGAUCGUCUUGGCCUUUGGGCCCGAAGCAUGACGAAGGAGGAGUUCCUAGGGAUCUCUGGCCGCAAGCGAGAAGAUGCACCAGACCACUUGAACCACGCUGUUUCAGAUUCGGCUCAACCACCUGGAUCGCGAGGGACCAAUCAACAGUUCAGAUCCCAAUCAACCGAGAUCAAUCCAUUUCCAACAACCAACCACAACCAUUUAGCAACAACCACCAACUUCUACCCUUCACAAACGUCACAUUUCGCAAUGGGUCCCUUUUUUCACCCCCAGAUGGGCUGGGCAACCCAACCGUGGGUAUGGGGCCCUCAGCAAAAUAUCUAUCAGUCUCACCCUGUUACGCCAACAGCAAUGGCUCCAAACACUCUCCAAACUCAAACCGAAUCAGUUUCCUCCCCGGCGUGUUCGGAAAUCAGUGUUGACAUCAACGACUAUUUUCAUUUUUGCCAUGUGGAUCCGGAAUGUGAGGCGGUCAACAAGGUUCUUUCUGAGUAUGGAAUUACUCACUACUCUGAAUUUGAGAACUUUGAGGCAGGUGAGCUGGAAGCACUUGGAGUCAAGAAGAGUAAUGCCAGGUCCCUUGUAUCCAGAGUCCAAAAGUUCAAGCAGGGUCUUAAAAAAAGACAUCAACAAAAGAAGUAUUGA